GCCUGACAAGCAUGACCGGAACUUGCAGCUCAAAGUCCCUAGUGCUCGUGCUGCUGGUGAUUCUCACCUCCACUUCAUCGUCCACCUCACCGUCCACCACAUCAUCACCAACUUCUUCUACCUCGUCGCCAUCAACUCACCCGCCGCCCGUGUCACCGGAAGUGGUCACCGCCCGCGAGAGCCGUCCGGACAACGGGUCACCUCCCGGUAUGCAAGCCACGCCCACCAGCCACAGCCUCCAAGCCCGGCCCCCCGCGGACGCCGCUGGCCGGCGGAGCAGCCUCUUGGCGAACGUCUCGGAGAGCGAUCGGAAAAAGUUGAACGCUUUGGAGCUGAUGUUUUUGAACAACGUGGGCCUCAAGGCCAGGCCCAAGGUCAACCCGGGACUUCCGGUGUCGGACUAUAUGCUGGAUCUGUAUAAGACUCACAGCGACGGGGUCGCGAACAAUUACCUCAGUGUCAAGGGCAACGGCCUCGUUUCCGCCAACACAGUCAGGAGUUUUGAACACACGGACUCGGAGAGUCGGUCCUGCUUACCUCCCUUGUGCUCCAGGAUCCAUUUUGACGUGGCCUCCAUUUCCGAGGACGAAACAAUCGCCGGCGCCGAGCUGCGCAUCUUCGCCCACACAACGGAUCUGUUCGCCAGCGAGUCAGCACCAGCGGUGGACGGUGCGCUCGCCCCGACCAACGGGAAAUCCCUGUCCACGCAUAGACUUCAGGUGCACGAGAUCAUGCAGCCGGAGACGCCGGAACACGACGGCAUCACCCGGCUCAUCGACACCCGGCCGGUGAACCUCCGCAACGCGAGCUGGGUCAGCUUUGACAUUCAGCCGGCGGUGCUGCGGUGGAGGCGGGGCGUGAACCACGGGUUAGAGGUCAGGGUCGUGUCCAGGGACCCGGUCGUGUCCACAGACAAUCACAUCCGGCUCCGCCGGGCCGUCCAUCUGGCCGACCACCAGUGGGCGCUGGAGCGGCCGCUGCUCGUCGUCUACACGGACGAUAAACUCUCCCCUUCGUCAACGACGACGACGUCCGCGAAGAAAAAAACGACCACGGUCCUGCGCAGGAGCCGGAGCCGACGAAACGCCGAAACCGGCAAGAAGAAAAAAGACCGGAAAAACAAAAAGAACCGGAAAAAGAAACGGCCCAAGAUCAAGGGCAACAAAUCCAUCUGCAAGCGCCACGGGCUGUACGUCGAUUUCGGCGAGGUCGGCUGGAACGAUUGGAUCGUCGCCCCUCACGGCUACCCGGCGUACUACUGCAAAGGGGAGUGCAACGCGCCGCUGCCAGAUUUUUCUAAAGCGUCGAACCACGCCAUGCUGCAGGCCAGGGUGUACAUGAUCGACAAGGGCAAGGUGCCGAUGGUCUGCUGCGUGCCCGUCAAGAUGAAGCCCAUCUCCAUGCUGUACCGGGACGAGAACGGCCGCACGGUGCUGAAGACCUACCAGGACAUGACCGUCGACGAGUGCGGUUGCAAGUGAACGCGGGAAUUACCUCCCCGGAAAUAAGGGAGUCAAGAGUUACCUGUAGUAGAAAAACAUUGACACGAAAAAAUGAAAAAAAUCGGCACAUUGUAAUAAAAUACAAAAAAUACAAUGAUUUUGAAGAAAGAAAAAAAAAGCCCUAAAAUGAGGUUUUUCUUUAAUUUUAGAUUUGCUACUGUCGUUUACGACUUGUGUUCUACGUCAUGACUCUGUGCUGAUUAUCGCCUGCUUCUACAAGCUGUUUACUCUCCAUCGCUAACUGUUGGUUGGGUUCUUAAUCCAUACAAGUCGCUAUCCAUCGCCAGAUGCGAAAAUGGAUCUGUUGUUCGCGUUACUUCCGCUGAAGUUCGCAUACCAAUCGCCGGGCAUAUAUAGCAAUGAGAAAUAUUUAUCCUUCGUUGCAAUGCUUGACCAAUACUUAGCUAGUAGAGUAAUGUAUCGCAACUCUUAGCCUUGAUACGUCACUUUCUUUCUUCGUCCGCGUUACGUCAUACACCCGACGUCAUGGCAACCAAUUCAUCUCUGCCGCUCCUUUUUUUGUGACGUAGUAGUUUUUUUUUUUUUUUGCUUAUCAAGAUGACCACCGAUGUUGUUUGAAUCUACCUCCAGUAAUUAACUAAUUAUGGGACUAACUAAUGAGACAAAGGUCACACAAUUGUCCGGGGCCACACCUGCAAGAUAUGACUGUGGGCCACCCGAGUAAUCUCCUUUUGGCCAUCCUUGCAACUAGGCGCUGUUUCGGUUAUUUGAGCAACCGGACGCCAUUUCGUCCAUACUAGCAACCAGGACGCCAUUUCGUCCAUCCUAGCAACCAGGACGCCAUUUUGGCCAUCAUAGCAACCAGGACGUCAUUUCGUCCAUUCUAGCAACCAGGACGCCAUUUCGUCCAUCCUAGCAACCAGGACUCCAUUUCGUCCAUCCUAGCAACCAGGACGCCAUUUCGUCCAUUCUAGCAACCAGGACGCCAUUUCGGCCAUCCUAGCAACCAGGACGCCAUUUCGUCCAACCUAGUAACCAGGACGCCAUUUUGGCCAUCAUAGCAACCAGGACGUCAUUUCGUCCAUUCUAGCAACCAGGACGCCAUUUCGGCCAUCAUAGCAACCAGGACGCCAUUUCGGCCAUCAUAGCAACCAGGACGCCAUUUCGUCCAUCCUAGCAACCAGGACGCCAUUUUGUCCAUCCUAACAACCAGGACGCCAUUUUGUCCAUCCUAACAACCAGGACGCCAUUUUGGCCAUCAUAGCAACAGUGUUUGGAUCAACAUACAAAACUGCCAUUGGACGAAGUUCGACAGUUCCUGUGUACGUGUUAAAUGGGCUCUUGUUAUGCUGUACAGCCUAAAUACCGAACCGGCUAGCUCUAGCAAUGUUGCCUAUGACUUGCUGUGACUUGUUAUCGUGCAUUUUUAAAAUAAAAGUUUGCCAGGAUUUUAAAACUUAAAACUAGCCAUCAUUUUACGAUUUUGGCCAGUUAAAAUUUGAUUUGGCCACAUUUUACUUGACUUGGCCAGGGAGACUUGCCAAAUUGGAGGAACAGUUUCUCUUGGGAUGUUUGUGUUACUUUUAUGAAUUAUAAUUUAUUUCAAAAUGUCGCUUGUUUUUUUUUAAAGCAAAUUGAUUUUAAAUUGUUUCUUUGAAUAUAGUAUGCUUAGACAUGUUAUUGGAAAUUUUCAUGAGAAAAAAAACCCCAACAAAAUUAAACAUUAGGCUUAAUUAUGCUCAUUUUAUUAAUUUAAAAAAUACUAUACAGGCCCUUUUAUUUAUGUUUACCUCUCCACUUUUAAAGUUAUUUUUGAUAUCCAUAGCUCUUUGCCUAAUAUAGAAAAAAAUUCCUUGCAUCCAUGCUAUUUUUUUAACAAACUGAAGGUUCUCAAUUAGUAAACUUUAGACCCAUUUUUUAAAACAACACCUUUAGUUAAAUGGAGACAUCAACACUGUCUGAAAACAACACUUGGUUUAAUGUGAAUAAUAUAUGCAACAUGUUCCUUAGCAUAUCCCUCAAACAUGUGCCUGUAUGUCUCUUGAACCCAGCUUCCUUCCAUCCAGUUAUCGCCACAACUUUUUUUUUUAAAAACCAGCAUGUGCCUUUUGUUCUCCAAACAUAUUCCCCGACUUGUACCCCAAACAUGUGCCCAGUAUGUUCCUCAGUCUCAGCUACAGCCACCCAGAUGUCACUACAAAACAUGUUAAUUUAACAUGUUCCUCAACUUAUCCCCCAAACUUGUGCCCAGUAUGUUCCUUAAUCUCAGCAACAGCCAUCCACAAAACAUGUUACUUCACUUUAACGUGUUCCUCAACUUAUCCCCCAAACAUGUGCCCAGUAUGUCCCUUAAUAUCACUCCAUUUAACGUAAUCCUUUGUCAUAUUUCCGUAAACCCUCUCUCCAACAACCCCCACCCUCACAAAUUCUCCAAAAUGUGUGUACUUCGAACAUUUUGCCAAUCCAUUUACUUUCGACUUGUCCCUAAAUUUUCCUAAACAUGUUGUUCUAAAUGCCCUCUGAGGUGUGACAUCCAACACAAUACUUCUUCCUCAUUCUAAAUGCCCUUCAACACAUUCAUGUAACACACCCCUUCAACAUAUUUCUAAAAUCGCCCCCCAAAAGAUUCAUCCAAACAUGCCCCUACUAAAUUUUACCUACAUCCAGUCUUCCUGGACUUCCGCGCUAAACUUGUCAUGCAAAGUGCGCCAGUAUAUUUCUGUACCGUGAGCCUCCAAAAUUGUGCCUGCAUCAUAUCCCUCCAAGAUGUUUUCUAAUAUGCCCAACUACUAGACGUACGUCCAAUUCAACCCUUGUAAAUUCCCCCCCCCCCUUCCCCCCGCCCAACGUGUGUACAGGUAUUGCUUACGUUGUCUAUGUACAUCCAGCUAUCUAUACCAAAGAUUUUGUCUUGUUGUGUAUUGUGGAAUAGCAAUGUGUGUUGCGCAGUCGUGUUGUGUACUGUUUAAUUGUGGUGUGUAUUAGUGCUGUCAUAAAAAUGUACCAUUGCGCACUUUUCGUGGCCUUCUGGGCAUUACUUAUGUACUGUGUUAUGUACACAGGUACUAUGUGAUAUGUUGUGUACUUUGUUAUAUGGUGCACAAAAUCACGUCCUCUGCUUUGUAUGUAUGUGUGUGCAUUUUCUGUUUCAUGAGCUUUUUUCUAUGGUGUGUUUAGUUAUGUAUUUGUAUGGUAUUUAUGUACAUUUAAUUUAUUUUAGGGUAUUUGUAAUGUAUUUAUAUAGUAUUCAAAAUGCAUAACGUAUUUGUAAGCUGUUUUCAACAAAAGUACUUUUAUGUUGUUUAUGUUAUUUAUAGGUUUUUCGUUCAUGUAUGCAACGUAUUUCAAUGUUUUUAUGUUAUAUGUGUAUAAUUUAUUUGUAAUGUGUUCCUUUCGCUGUGUAAAACACGGCAUACCUCGUCACUAGACCGUGACCAUCUGCUGUGUUGUAGUUCGACUCGUGUGUUGUGAUGACGUGUCCUGUGUAGUGUUCACGAAACUUCUGAGUUACAGUACACGAACCCUCUGGCGUGUACUCCGUUACAUUCAAAGAAAAACAAAAAACUUUGUUGCCUCAAAAAAAAUAAUAGCUUUGUUCCCUACUGAGUUUUUUUUUUUAUUUUAAAUUUUUGUUUCGUUCGUUCGUUUUGAAAUCUAUUUAUUAAUUUGAGAAACGACUAUGGCUUGUGUAUAUGUUGGGAAAAUUGUGUAGGUGUAAUUGUGAGAGAUUGGGCGUGCGGUGUAAGAACGUGUGAUGAACGAGCAGUUUUAUUUUCAAUGCCAUAUAUCUGAACAUGAACAAAACUACCUGGUCUACUACACCAAGUCAACAAAACCCCGAGAAUCGAGGGCGGAAUCCCCCACCGAGAUUCGAGGGGCGGACACCCCAAUAGUUACAGGGGGCAAGCGGAUCCUGAUAAUCUGUUUUUAUUUUCUCUUGUCAAAUCGUUUUUAGAGUAUAAUUAG